AUGCCUAGCACUUCCAUACGGCGUCUUAACAACGAUGCGUACACGGUCGCAUUAAUAUGCCCCUUGGAGGUUGAACUGAAGCAUGGAAUGCUUCUGGGAAACAGAAAAGAUCCGAACAUAUACAUACUUGGAUCCUUGAAUGGGCACAAUGUUGUGCUCGCGGCACUCCCAAAGGGGUCACAGGGAACGGCAUCCGCGGCGGCCGUGGCCAUCCACCUAAUUCGCACUUUCCCAGCAAUCAAGCUUCGUUUACUGGCGGGCAUUGGUGGUGGCAUUCCUAGCCUUGCUAACGAUAUUCGUCUUGGGGAUGUGGUCGUUAGCGCUCCGGACAGACUUAUUGGAGGUGUAGUCGAAUAUGAUUUGGGUAAAGAAACCACAAACGGGUUCAAGAGGAAGGGUGUACUGUGUCCUCCGCCUGCUGAGUGGAGAAAGACUAUGGCAAACAUGACCUCAGACCACCAAAUCCGAGCAAACCGGAUUGCAUCGUUUCUGUCGGGUAUGCUGCGCAGAUAUCCCAUAUUAACAGAGUAUCAAAGGCCGCUGCCGGACACCGAUCUCUUGUUCCCAGCGGACUAUAUCCACGCUCAGGAAGGGCAAAACUGCGUCUCUUGUGACGCAACUAGGGCCUUGAGACGAGCUCCGCGAACACUGCCUCACGAGUCACGCGUCUUCUAUGGCAUUAUAGCGUCAGGAAACCGUGUCAUCAAAGAUGGAACAAAGCGGGACAUCAUAGCAAGGGAAUCAGGUGGCGCGAUGUGUUGUGAGAUGGAGGCUGCCGGACUUAUGGACCAGUUCCAAUGCGUUGUCAUUCCUGCAGCCUUAGCGAAGGAAGCCCUGAUGUACAUGGAUCCUCACUGUAUUGGUUCAUCCAACACCACCUCUUCGAAAGUUGGAGAGAAGAUCAUGGGCAGGGCCUUCUCUGGGUUUCAGCCGAUCCUGGCUGUGGAAAAUCCGUCCUGGCCAGAUAUCUAUUAG